AUCUGCGCCCUUACUAGGCGCCGUAUUGCUGAUGGGGGAGAAUUAGAUGAAAUACCAAGAAACGACAUGCAAUAAAGGCGGGAGUGUAACGGGGAAAACAUUGGUGAGUGUUAACCGACCGGGGAAAAUGUAAGAAGGGACGCGAUUCCUUUCCCUGCCGCUGCCGCUGCGUGUGAGGAGCCUCCAUACCUUCGCCGGAGGAUGCUGCGUCUGUGAACCAUUGUACCCGAGCAUAAUCCAUGCAGUGUCUUGGAUCGCAUCUCCCGGUGAUAUUUUCAGGGAUAUAAGGUGAUAUGCGCAUAGGUUAUCAAGGCUCAGGAACGCGGUAAAGGCGUUUUGAAGGUUCCCAGUGUCUGUGAAUCCGGACUAUUUUGCGCGCAGUCUUGUUCAGUCGCGUCAUCGCCGACUUCUGUUAGACGCAAAGAGAAAAAAAGAAAGGACUUGAUAGUCUCCUGACUCUUAAAUUAUUCAGGUAUACCGCUUCUUCGCGCUCAACAUAUGCUCGACUCUUUGUCUUACAUCCUCCGUGCAUGAUCUUAAAACAAGAUCCCCUAAGUGGUGGUGACACGGAUGAAAGCCGAUGGCCAAGCUCCCCCAAUUUCCUCAGAAGGGGGAUGCAACCUAAAAUAACCCCGGUGCCAAAUGCUUUUUGCACAUCGCAAGGCGAGGGAGCCCUGAAUUUGUGACACGGCUUCUCUGGAGACAGUGUCCGUCCCUGUCCCCUCUCUCGGAGCCCGGACAUCGACGACUUUAAUGGCUUUUGUGUUCAGGAGAUGGAGGGUCUUACUGGUGCUGAACGUGCUCGCCGUGGCCGGUUUCAUGACUUUCUGGGCCAAGUGCAAUACACGUAGCGUCCCGGCCGUCGGUCAGGAGGCUACGGCUGAUGGGAAGAGGCCCCGGGGCAACGGGACGGCGCAGCAGGGCGCCGGCAUUAGUCAUGAGGUGCUGCUCAAGAGACUCGGCUCUCUGGAGGACGUGGUGUACAGGCAAUUAAAUGGUCUUUCUAAAUCUCUCGGCCUCAUUGAGGGCUUUGGGGGUCGAGGUAAAGGUGGCCUCCCUGCCACCCUGUCACCAGCUGAGGAGAGUGAUGCAAAAUACCUGAGGGAGAAGUAUGGAUAUAAUGCCUACCUCAGUGACAAAAUCUCUCUGGAUCGGACCAUCCCAGACCACCGUCCCAGCAAAUGCAGGAAGGUCAGCUACCCGAGAGACCUCCCCCAGAUCUCCCUCAUCUUCAUCUUCGUCAACGAGGCUCUGUCAGUGAUCCUCCGCUCAGUGCACUCAGCUGUCAAUCACACACCAGCUCACCUGCUCAAAGAGAUCAUCCUGGUGGACGACAACAGCGAUGACGAGCAACUCAAAGGACCACUGGAGGAAUACGUGAACAAGCGCUACCCCGGCCUGGUGAAGAUCGUCAGGAACCAGAAGAGAGAGGGGCUGAUCCGCGCCAGAAUCGAGGGCUGGAAGGUGGCCAGUGCCGAAGUGACAGGCUUUUUUGAUGCCCAUGUGGAGUUCACUCCUUCCUGGGCCGAGCCAGUUCUGGCCAGAAUCAAAGAAGAUCACAAGAGGAUCAUCUUGCCCUCCAUUGACAACAUCAAACAUGACACGUUCGAGUUGGAGCGCUACGAGAACUCAGGCCACGGAUACAACUGGGAGCUGUGGUGCAUGUACAUCAACCCGCCCAAGCAGUGGUGGGACGAGGGCGACACCUCCGCACCCAUCAGGAGGGAGGUGCAUGAUGGGAGGUGCAUCGUGUGUGAUGUCAGCGUCAGGAAGGGGACAGAGACAGAGUUUAGUGACAGUGAAGGCUUUUCGAGCUGCUGCACUGACAUCUGCACUCAGCAGCUGCAACGUAGCCCCACCCACCGCCAGGCCCCGGGGCAGACCCAGGACUAUGUAUCUGGCCUGGGAACGCCUUGGGACCCCCAGGAAGAGCUGGUGGAUGUGGCCAUGGAAAGGAUCAUGUGGGCUGACCUCCUCAACCUGCUGCCACCAUGA